CCUGUACAGCACCCUGCUGGCUCACCACAAACUUCACAUCAGAAACUUUGCUGCCGAAAGUUUUGUCUUUCUAAUGAGAAAGGUUUCUGAUAAAAAUGAAAUCUUCAAUUUAAUGCUCCGUGACCUGGGGGAGCACCCUGAGAAGGUGGAAGGUGUAGGACAGCUACUUUUUGAGAUGUGCAAGGGUGUUCGAAACAUGUUCCACUCUUGUACAGAGACGGCUAUGAAGUUAAUUCUGUCAAAGCUGGGGCCUAUUACUGAAGAAGAAAUUGAACUACCAUGGGUAACUGUAGGAGAAGCUUUUGUGAGGAUGAUCAGAUCAGCUGCACUCCAUAUCCAUAAGGAGAAUUUUGACAUUGUCUUCAAGUGCCUGGAGGAGUCAGUCUUAGUCUUGCAGAGGAAAAUAACUAAGGCCAACUGCUGUAUGGCUUCAGAGCAGAUGGAAAGGAUCUUGCAAGCUUAUCUGAUCCUCGUGGAACAUGGAAAUGGAUCCAAAAUCUCACUGCCUGAAGAUGUCUGCCAGAUUUUAAUAAGAAUGUUGCAAACACCAGAUCUCUCAUCAUCUUGCUGCAAGACCCUGUUGAACACCAUCUCUGCAUUGCUGUUGGCUGAGAAGGUGUUCUUGCCUGAUUCUUUGACCAAGGAAGCUAUUGAGAAGAUAUUUGAAAGUGGAUUUGAACGGCGCUUUCUUUUGAGCUUCUCUGAAGUGAUGUUCUCAAUGAAGCAAUUUGAGAGGCAUUUUCUUCCAUGCUUUCUAGAGUACAUUGAGCAUUGCUUCUCUGGCACAGAUGCCCUCGCAAAGGAUGAGGCAAUGGCAAUUCUGGCUAAACUCAUUCUGGUGAAAGCAGAGCCUCCUACCAUUGGUUCAAUGGCGUUUGAAAAGUAUCCUCUCAUUUUCACUGAAUCAUCCAUCAGUUCUAACACAAGACAACAAACAAGUAAAAGACAAGGAGCAAAGGCAGAAGUACCAGUGUUGGAUUAUGUACUGUCUUUAAUGCAUUUACCAGAGAAGGAAGACAUCACUGACCUUUCACAGCCUUGGGUUGCCUUGGUUGUACUGCCACAUAUUAGGCCAAUGGACAAAGAACACAUUCUAUCCCAUGUGACAAGUUUUAUAGACACUCUCUUCACAGCCAUUGACAAAGGAAGCCUCUUUAAAGGAAGCCUGUUCGUGGCCUGCCAAGCUGUAAGUACUCUUCUUAGUUUGGUAGAGUCGUCUGAAAUACUCCAUUUGUUACCUGUGGAGCGUGUCAAGAGCUUGGUGACCACUUUUCCUUCAGACCCCUCUGCGUUGCUGUUGGCUGAUCUCUAUUACACGAGGUUGGCAUUGAGUGGCUGCCAGGAACCCCUUUCCCAAGGGAACCUAAUGGACUUGUUUGAGAAGUUGCAUCCUAAUAUUUCCACUGGUGUUUCCAAGGUCCGGCUGUUGACUGUUCGAAUUCUAAACCAUUUUGAGAAUCUACCUUCUGCACAGAUUGAGAGUGAUGGCACUGGGGAGCUCCAGCCAGUAUUUGCCACAUUGCUCCAAGCAGAACUUGUGCCAGCAACAGUGAAUGAUUACAGAGAGAAACUUCUCCAUUUGAGGAAACUAAGGUGUGAUAUAGUGCAGUCUGCAAUACCAAGUGGAUCUUUGCAGGAGGUGCCUCUUCGGUAUUUACUGGGAAUGCUUUAUAUUAACUUCAGCCCUCUCUGGGAUCCUGUAAUUGAACUCAUAACUUCUCAUGCGAAGGAAAUGGAGAAUAAACAGUUCUGGAAAGUCUUAUAUGAACAUUUGGAGAGAGCUGCUACCUAUGCUGAAAUGGAGCUGCAAAAUGAACUAGAUGAACAGGAGGAAAGCAUUGCUGAAGCAGAAAGUGAAAAUAUGCCAGAAGGAGGGGUGGGGACUGUCUUCCUGGAGCAGCUAAGGACUAGAACAGAUUGCAGCGAGCGGCUGGACCACACAAACUUCCGUUUUCUACUGUGGAAAGCACUGGAUAAGUUUCCAGACAGAGUGGAGCCUAGGUCACGGGAACUUUCCCCACUUCUUUUGAGAUUUAUUAGAAAUGAGUACUACCCAGCAGAUUCAUUAGUGGCUCCAUCUCAGGAUCUUAGAAAGAAAACUAGUGGUACAGCAGCAGCAAAAGAAAUACUGGGUGAAGAAGUGAAUGAUGCUGCUAUGGAAGAGGAGGAGGAGGAGGAGGAAGAAGAAAAAGAAGAAGGGGGACCAAUUACUAUAGGACUACCAAAAAAGAAAACCAGAAGAGCUGCUGCUAAGCAACUAAUAGCUCACUUACAAGUUUUCUCUAAAUUCUCAAAUCCUCGUGCAUUGUAUCUGGAGCAGAAGUUGAACGCGUUAUAUACCCAGUUACUUUCCCAUCAAGACCAGAAUGUACAGAGAAUAGCUCUUGACUGUAUAAUGACAUACAAGCAUCCUCAUCUACUGCCGUACAGGGAGAACUUGCAAAGGCUACUGGAGGACAAGAAUUUUAAGGAAGAAAUAGUCCAUUUCAGUAUUUCUGAGGAGACCGCAGUAGUAAAAACGGAGCAUCGACCAGAUCUCAUCCCUGUUCUUAUGAGAAUUCUCUAUGGCAGAAUGAGAAAUAAAACAGGGAGCAAAACACAGGGCAAGUCUUCAGCGGGCACUCGCAUGUCCAUCGUUCUGCGAUUUCUUGCCGGCUCACUGCCAGAAGAGAUACGGAUGUUCUUGGAUCUACUCUUUGAAGCUGUGAAGCAGUUCAGUAAUGGACCUUGCCAGACUGCGGUGCUUCGAAGUAUGUCAGAGUUGGAUUUAGCUAAAGUCUUGCCUCUUGGUCGUCAGCAUAGCCUCUUCAACGGUCUUGAAGUUGUGUUGAAAAACAUGGGACACUUGAUCCAUCAGUACCUGCCUGAAAUUCUGCAGAUUCUGCUCUGCAUGACAGCUGUGGUAUCCUGCAUCCUCCAGCAAAGAGAGAAGGUCCAACCUAGAUUGAUUAAUCCACUGAAGAAUUUGAGACGUCUUGGACUCAAGCUCCUGGUGGAGUUUUUUUCUGAUUAUGAGACCUACAGCUUUAGUGUGGAAGAGAUUGAUGCGGUUUUUCAUGCAGUGGUAUGGCCUCAGAUCUGCAGAUUGGCUCCGGAGAGUCAGUAUUCUCCAACUUUUCUGCUCAAACUCAUUCAUACCUGGAGUAAGAAUCCCAGGUAUUUCCCCUUGCUGGCCAAGCAGCAGCCAGAUCACCCAGAGUGUGAUAUACUGUCAAAUGUAUUUGCUGUGCUGUCAACUAAGAAUUUGUCUGAGGCCACAUCCAGUCUUGUGAUGGACAUAGCUGAUAGCCUUCUCAACAGCCCAGAUUUUGAACCCACGGAGCAGGUUUCCAGUUUGAGCGUGACUGACUGUGUUGUCACGGGAGAUGUGACAGAAGAGACCCUUAGCCUAGGUUGCCACUUGGUUCUCCCUCAUGUUCCUGCCAUACUUCAGUACUUCAGCAAAACAAUGUUAAAUGUGGAGAAGGUGAAAAAGAAGAAGUAUAGAGCUCAAGUCAGCAAAGAGCUGAGUAUACUUUCCAAGAUCAGCAAAUUUAUACAAGAAAAGAGUCAGAAUUCAGUGCUCGUGAGCCUUCUCCUCCCUUUCCUUUACCAGAGCAACAUGGAGCAG